AUGGGUUCAACAGGUCUGAUAAACUCGCUCCCUCUGCCGGCAUGGCUCCAAACCCAGACAAUUCGCGCAUUCUCGACCACCCCUCGUCAGCGUAGAUUGACUCUCGAGAACAUCAAUCAGAAUGUCGUCGAGGCUGAAUACGCCGUCCGUGGAGAACUGGCAAUCAAGAGUGAGAAGUACCGCGAACAACUCAGCAAGGGCGAUCAUUCACUACCCUUCGACACCAUCAUCUCGGCCAACAUCGGCAACCCCCAACAACUCGACCAGAAGCCGAUUACCUUCUUCCGCCAAGUCCUGUCACUGAUGGAGAACCCUCUCCUUCUCGAACACCCCGACGUCCUCACCAAGACCCUUGGUUACAAGCCUGACGCCCUCGAGCGCGCAAAGAAGUUGUUGGAUGAUGUCAAGAGCGUGGGAGCAUACUCGGCCUCCAAGGGUGCCGCUGGCAUUCGUCGCAGUGUCGCCAACUUCAUUGAGAAGAGAGAUGGUUAUCCUGCCGACCCUGAGAACAUCUUCUUGUCUGCUGGUGCUUCUGGCGGUGUUAGCACCCUGCUGAAUGUCAUGUGCGCAGACGAGAACUCUGGUGUUCUCGUUCCUAUCCCUCAAUACCCUCUCUACACCGCAACCCUCGCCCUGCUCAACGCAAGGUGCGUACCCUACGAACUGGAGGAAGAGAAGGCAUGGGGUACCAACCUCGAAGCCAUCCGCACAUCAUUCGCGAAGGCAAAGGCUGAGGGCACAAACGUCCGCAGCAUUGUCAUCAUCAACCCCGGUAACCCUACCGGUGCUUCCCUCUCCAUCGAGGACAUCAAGUCUGUCUUGAAGUUUGCUGCCGAGGAGAAGCUGGUUGUUAUGGCCGAUGAAGUCUACCAAACCAACGUAUUCGAGGGCAAGUUCACCAGCUUCAAGCAGUGUCUUAGAGAGCUACAGCAAAGCGAGGAGAACAAGGAUGGCAAGUUCAACACACUUGAGCUUGUCAGCUUGCACAGUAUCAGCAAGGGUAUGAUUGGAGAGUGCGGUCACCGUGGUGGUUACUUUGAGCUUGUCGGCUUUGACGAGAAGGUCACCGAGCAGAUCUAUAAGUACGUCAGCAUCCAGCUCUGCCCUCCAGUCAUCGGUCAAUGCCUCGUCUCCCUCAUGGUCGAACCCCCCGUCGAAGGCGACCCAUCCUACGAAACCUACCACACCGAAGAACGCGGCAUCUUCGCCGGCCUCCAAAAGCGUGCCACCGCCCUCUACGAAGCCUUCCGCGAAAUGGAAGGCGUGCACUGUCAAUCACCCGCCGGAUCCAUGUACCUCUUCCCCACAAUCACCCUCCCUCAAAAGGCCAUCGAAAAGGCCAAGCAAGAGGGCAGAAAGCCUGAUGAAUACUACUGCUUGAGACUUCUUGACGCCACUGGUGUCUGCGUCGUCGCUGGUAGUGGAUUCGGUCAAAAGGAGGGAACACUUCAUUUCAGAACCACUUUCCUUGCUCCUGGUACCGAGUGGGUUGGCAGAAUCACAAAGUUCCACCAGGAGUUUAUGGAUGAGUUUAGAUGA